CCUUGUUCGGUCCUUUCGCGCUAGGACCGUUGCGGUGGAAGCAGCCUUUUAGUGAUAUCCCGAUAUUACAAUCCAGCAAAAUGAUCAUCUACAAAGACGUAAUCACAGGAGACGAAAUGUUCUCUGACAUCUACAAGAUAAAAGAAUCUCCCAAUGGAAUUUUAAUCGAAGUCGAAGGAAAGACGGUCAGUCGGACAGAGAACUUUGAUGAUUCUCUCUUUGGGGGUAACGCCUCAGCAGAAGGUGGAGAUGAGGGUGUUGAAUCCAGCACAGAGAGCGGUGUGGACAUUAUCCUGAACCAUAAACUCAAAGAGACACCUUUCACCAAGGAGACAUACAAAGCAUACAUCAAGGAUUACAUGAAGGCAAUCAAGGCCAAGCUGGAGGAGAACAACCCAGAGAGAGUAAAACCAUUCAUGAGUGGUGCACAAGAGGAAAUUAAGAAGAUUAUGGGCAACCUAAAGAACUACCAGUUUUUCACAGGCGAGUCGAUGAACCCUGAGGGCAUGGUGGGACUGCUGGACUACCGUGAAGAUGGAAUCACCCCCUUCAUGGUCUUCUUCAAGGAUGGCCUGGAGAUAGAGAAAUGUUAACAUACCGGGAUACAGGAGUACUUCAGACUGGCUGCCUUUUCGCAAUUGAGCCAAGAUCAUGGACCAGACAAAUUUUUUUUCUUUUUUUUUUUUUUGCACUUUUGGAAUGAGAAGUAUUUUAACGUGGUGUAUGUUCCCCAGGCCCGUGGGCUUGUAACUCACUCAUCUUGCUCAGGCCCAAGUAGAGUGUGGUAAAAUAAAAAAAGCCAUUAGAAAGACAGCGUGUGGAUUUGGCGUGUAUGAUACUGAUCCUCUGAAUUUGCUGGUGUGAAAAAAAAAAAAAACCCUCCACCACGAAAGGCGAGGACUGCCUCAUCACACAGAGACGAUUCUUUACAGCUUGACUGAUCGGCUGAAUCACCCUGGCCUGUGUUAGCUUGGUUUCGAUUGCAUAUUGAUGUAUGCCAUGUUCCUGAAAGGAUUGCUUGUGAUUUGAUGAAGUGUAUAACUAAUAAACCACUGGACGAGGUCCUAUAAAAGUG